AUGCAGUGUACCAAUACAAGCGAUGCUUUAAUAGAUCGAACUUGUCUUCGUUUAUUACCGUUACAUCGUUAUCUACAGUAUCAAGAAAAAGCGUUUGAAAUUUUAAACGAAGAGUGGCCACAAUCCCGCGCAGUACGUUUGAGACGUUUUGAAAAAUCGUGUGAUACACUACCUACUUCGUAUGUUCUUGUGGUAGUUAAUACGCAACAAAAUUCGUUUGAUAACAACGAAGUUAUCGGAUAUUGUUAUGUUGAUCGUUUAUACGAUGGUACACAAAAUUCAUUGAGUUUGAUUAUUGAAUCUGUUGUGAUUCAACGAAAACUACGUGGCCAAGGUUAUGGUCAAAUAUUAAUGUCGUUAAUUGAAUCUGAAUUAGUAAAUGAUAAAAGUUUUGGAAUAGCAGAUAAGGCACUAUAUUUGACCACGACCGAUCAAUGUCAUUUUUAUAAAAAAUGUGGUUUUAACGAAACAACUCCACGUGUACGUUUAAAUGUGACUUCGAAAUUAUUCGAAAAUAAUCGACAUUUUAUAGAAAAUCUUUUGGCUAAUAAACAAUUUAAUGAAACAUCAUCCGACCUUAUUUUACAAAAAGGUUCAACUAUAAAACGUAUUAAAACAGUGUGGAUGAUGAAACAAUUAGAGGACCGGUCUUGCGAGCCUGUAACAAGAGGGCUAUUAACGGUAUUUAUGGCAGACAAUGGAAAUAGUGUUCGUGAAUUACUCAAAGAUACCAAUCUUCGAGCAUUAUUGAAAGUCGAUCAACAACAACAGCGUUCAGCAAUUCGUGAGAGUAUGCUAUGUUUUCAUGGUGCAUGUGAUCGAGAAGCAAGUGAAAAAAUUUUGAAAGAAAAUUAUAGUGCAAAUCACAAUAAAAAUGGCAUCUAUUUAUUGAGACAGUCGAGAAAUGAUGAAAACAAAUUUGUGUUAUCUUUAAUUAAAGACGGACAAUGUUAUCAUUAUCUAUGUCAUCAUAAGGGAAAUGGAACAUUUUUAGAUGAAAAAACAGAUUCAAUUUUUUUUUCUCUCGAAGAAUUAGUUGAAUAUUAUCAAAAUGAUGGCUCGAAGCAUUUAAAAUGUUCGUUGAGUACUCCGGUGCGUGGACAACCGCUACCGCCAUUCGCUCAAAAAUACGGUCAUUCUACUCUUUUACAUCAAGCGGCAACAGAAGGUAAUACACCGUUGCAUGAAGCAUCAUUUUUUGGACGCGAAGAUGCUGUUAAAGAAUUAUUAAACGCUGGUGCCAGCUGGAAAUUUGUUAAUAGACUCGGUUGGACGUCACUGCAUCAAGCAGCACGUGGCAACUGUCCAACAAUCAUUGAUUUACUUGUUACACGUGGACAUGCUGAUGUCGAUUGUCGAAAUUCAUCCAAUUCAUUCGCACCUAUACAUUGUGCUGCUGCAUGUAAUUUUAUAGAAUCCGUCACAACUUUAUUUGCCCACAAUUCACCGGUACGACCAUUAACAGAAAAUUUAGAAACACCAUAUGAUCUAGCAGUUAAACAUGGCGCACGCGAGUGUAUUACAAAACUUGGUACUCUACGAUCCAAACCUGCAUUAUCACGUCGUUCGAUGUAUUAUCAUGGUUUCUUGACAAAUAGACAAAUGCGAGCAAUACUAAAUUAUUUUAAGAAAAAAGAUGGCUACUUUUUUGUACGACAAAGUUCAAGUGUACCAAAUAAUUAUGCUAUUUCUCUUGUAUGGAGAAAUAAUUUAGUACACGUAAAAUUACAUAAAAAAGACAAUCAUUCUUAUUAUUUCGAUGAUCAAUUACAUUUUCAUGAUAGUCUCGAACAUGCCGUCGAUUUUUUCAUGAAAGUACACAAACAUAUUGUUAAACCAUUAUCUCCAGAGGAACACUUAGUAAAUCCAUUGAUCAACAAAAAAGUUGUGGUUAUUCAAGAUGAACAACUGACUUACGGAAAAUUACUUGGCGAAGGAAAUUUUGGUAAAGUAUACGAGGGAACUUAUCAUGAGCAACAUGGCAAAGUUGUUCCUGUUGCCAUCAAAGCACUUAAAGGUACGAUGGAUAUGAAAGCGCUUGAAGAAAUGAAAAAAGAAGCAUAUGUUAUGAAAGAAUUAAUGCAUCCAUGCAUUGUACGUUUGUAUGGUAUUGCUAAUUCCAAGAGACUUGGUUGUCUUCUUAUGGUUCAAGAACUUCUUUCAAUGGGUUCAAUGCUUGAUUAUUUAUAUAAACAUCCGGGAGGUGCUGUUCGAUCAUUAUUCAGUUCAUGGAUCACUCAGAUUAAUCACGGUAUGGCUUAUAUGGAGAAAAAACAUUUUGUACAUCGCGAUUUGGCUGCUCGAAAUAUACUUAUGCAAUCCCAGAUACGAGUAAAAAUUUCUGAUUUUGGUCUUUCGCGAAGAACAUCCAACAAUGAUUAUUACAUUCAACGAAGUGAUACUCCAAUACCGAUUGCCUGGUAUGCACCAGAAUCAUUAUUUGAAUACAAAUUUACAAGUAAAAGUGACGUAUGGUCAUUUGGUAUUACAAUGUGGGAAAUUUAUACACAUGGUCAAUACCCGUAUGAAACAAUGGAAUAUAAUGAGUUAUGUGAUUUUAUCCAACGAGGUGGCCGUCUUCCUCCUCCUAAAGGCUGCAGUAGGGCAAUUUAUAAUAUUAUGUAUCGUUGUUGGGCUCAGGAUGCACAUAUGCGACCAAGUUUUGCUGAUUUAUUAAAACUAUUUGCGACAAGACAAGAGUUUCGCGCGGCAAUUCAACAAUUUCACUCAUUAUCAUAA